AUGGCCGACAGCGCCGAACAACCGCCCUCGCCGGGCGGACCACUAAGUCCAAUGACCCCGGACCGCGCAAACCAGAAGCAACAAGGUCGCAACCUCUUCACAUCUCCUCGUAGCAGUCCCGGCGGACGUGACAGCUCAGUACAUGAGAAAAUUUCUCAAUUCAACAAUCUUGCGAUGCAGUCCAAGACUCUCGAACGCAAGACCGCAGACGCCGCCCUUAAACGUGCCAUGCUGGGUCGUGAGGAGGCCGAGACCGAACUGCGCCGCUACCGCGACGAGUCCAAGGUGCUGCGCGUUCAGCUGGAAAAGGGGAAGGAGCGCGAGCAGCGCGUCAGCGAACGUCUCGAGACCGUCAUGGAACAAUACGGCCGCGCAAAAGAAACCUACGCCCACACGAAAGCGGCGUGGGAGAAGGAGAUCAAGCUUGCCCGCAAAAAGACGUUCAAGAACGAGUCUCAAAUCAUCAAGCUCCAGGAAGAGCUCAAGGCCGCUCGCGAGGGCUGGCGGCUAGCGUCAGACAAUCUCGACGCCGAGAAGCUGCGCUCCAAAGCCCGCGAGGAAGAGGCUUUUCAGGCCCGCUAUCAGAUGGUCGGUAUGGAGCAGGAACUCGGCGAGGCCUUUGAGCGCAUCAAGAUGCUCGAACAGGAACGGGACGCCUACAAGACUUUGGCCAAGGAGGAGGAGGUUGCCCGCAUAGCCGCCGAGGGCCGCAUUCCGCUACCUAAAGCGUUCGACGCUGCGCCCGACGACGAAUUUGCAUCACCCAAGAAGAAAAAGACCCCGCGGUUCUCCCUCUCGACGGUCGACAUCGUCUCCUCCGCCGCCAGCGAGGAGGAAAUCGAGGAGCUUACCCUCCAGGUUUCCUGGGAACGCCAACGGGCUGACCGCGCAUACGAACUGGUCGACUUUUUACAGGCCGAGUGUGAACUGCGCUGCUGCCCUUGCGCCAAGACGCCCAGAAGACAGAGCAUACUUUCCCCGAGGCAGAGCCUGUCCAACAGACCAAGCAUCAUGUCGCCGAGGCGUAGGCUCAUGCCACCUGCCGAGAUUGCCGACGCCAGUGAUCUGAUCAUCCUUCAGGGACGUAGGGACUCCUCUUCGAGCCACUCGUCAUUGAGGGCUUCUUGGAGUUCCCCGGUCGAGGAGAAGUCUUUCAAGAAGCCCGAUGCCCCCAGACGCUCAAGGGAAGAGCGCCGCAGCACCAUCUUCUGCGCCCGAGAGGGGAUCUUCAGAACUGUGUCGCAACGUGAGGCGGACGAGAUCGAGGGCCAGUGCGAACAGGGGAGACGAGGACACGAGUCCAGCGUCGGGUCUCCCAGCCAGCCUCCCACUCCCCACGACGCUCCUCCAAGAUUCUCGCGCACACCCUCUCUCGAACCCCCUGACUUUGCUGUCCUUGCCCAGGAGCGCAUGUCACUGGCUUCCCUCCUCAAUGCUCCCCACGGCGGCGGUGAUGGCCAAGUCCACACUGCGCCUCUCCCCUCCAUCCCCACCAUGCCCGACAUGGACGCUCGCCCCGUAUCCAGGUCCUCAAGAAGUCCCUCCCCAACCCCUGAGGACACCGUCCGCCCGCACACCGCAGCCGCUUUCUACACCAAGACGACGACAACAACCGUUCCCAUCCGUGACGACAAGCCGCGGCCGCAACCCAAGAUGGAACGCGGCCGCACGCCCUCAGCCGGCGACUGCCACAUGUCUUUUGACAUCAACAACCCUGCCAUGACACCAACCAUGACCCGCGAGGAGGCCCUGGCCCGCAUCCGCGAACGUAGAGGACGUGCCCGCUCUAUUGCCCAGGGCACCGCGACGCCCCGCAAGAAGAUGAUCGAGGGCGCCGGCGAGCGGCGAGAUGUUAGUGCCCCCGCAGGUCAGGCGGUUCCCAAGAUGAAGGCUUAG